UUGAAGUGGUGAUAUGGCGUCACAGUUAUGCGUCGCCAAAUGGCGUCUGUUAUAUUCGGCUGAGGAAAGAAACGAUCCUGGAUAUGCAAAACUGAUCUCCACCUGGCGCACUAUUAUAAAGAUGGCGUGCAUUAAAGAGGAGAGAGAAGACGUGGAGAUUGAAGAAACAUUCACAGUCAAACAUGAAGAUGCUCAGGAACAAACAGACUUGAUACCGCUGAAAGAGGAGAGUCAAGAACUCGAUGAAGAGACUGACCAACAUCAUGAGUUUAUAAAUGGAGAAGAAUCCUUUAACUGUUCGCAAACUAAAACAGGGACUCCCUCCUCCAAAAAAAGAUCUCGUAACACUGCGACAAGACUUUACUUCACCUGCGGUCACUGCGGACAAGGUUUCGACCAGCAAGGGAACUACAACGUCCACAUGAGGAUUCACACCGGAGAGAAGCCGUACAGCUGCCAGCAGUGCGGGAAGAGCUUCAACCGCAAUGGGAACCUGAAGGUCCACAUGAGAAUCCACACAGGAGAAAACCCGUUCACCUGCGCUCAGUGCGGGAAGAGUUUCACUCAGAAAUGCAGCCUGAAAGUGCACAUGAGGAUCCACACCGGAGAAAGCCCGUUCGCCUGCCAGCUGUGCGGGAAAAGUUUCAGUCGGAGGGGAAGUCUUAGGAGUCACAUGAGGACCCACACCGGAGAGAAGCCGCUGGUGUGCACUCAGUGUGGACAGAGCUUCAGAUAUCGCUUGACCCUUCGUAAUCACAUGAAGGCUCAUUUAAACGAGAGCCGUGUCAGCUGUCACUACUGCGGGACGACUUUCGCCGACAAGAAACUGCUCUCCAGGCACGUGUCCACUCACGUCGCGGAGAAGCCCUUCGUGUGCAGUCGCUGUGGAGUGGCAUGCAAGAACGCCAUAGCUCUCAACGUCCACAUGAGAGUUCACACCGGAGUGAAGCCUUUCGCCUGCGCUCAGUGCGGGAAGAGAUUCUCUCAGAAAGGAAACCUUUGCUUGCACAUGAGGAUCCACACAGGAGUGAAGCCGUUCUCCUGCCUUCAAUGCCAGAGGAGUUUUACCUACAACAAAGACCUGCAGCGCCAUUUGAAGACUCACGCUGGAGAGAAACCCAAGGGUUCCUCGCUAGCUGCGUUUAUAGCCGAAGAUGAGAAUUAGAUUUAACUGAUAAACCGGCAAAUAUCAGACAAAAAAAGUUUCGUUUUCUAAACGACCAUUAGUCUUUUUGUUAUAUACAAGAAAGACAAGAUCUUCUACAGAAGACAAAACACAAUGAACAUGUGGUGGCUAUUGUAGAUGUGAGACGUUCUUUGGCAGUGCAGAUGCUCUAAUCUAGGGGUGUCCAAACUCGGUGUCCUGCAACUUGCCUAAACACACCUGCUAGGAUGUUUCUAGAAAGCCUAGUAAGAUCUUGAUUAGCUAGCCCAGGUGUGUCUGAUUGGGGUCGGAACUAAACUUUGCAGGACACCGACCCUCCAGGACCGAGUUUGGGCACCCCUGCUUUAAACCGUUCUUGAGGUGAUAGUAAUACUGAACCACUGUGACUUUAGCACAUUUUAAUCAUCAUAUGAUCGAAUCAAACUCAAUCACGACUUUUUAGUGCACAUACUGGAAUUUGUUCGGUAAAAG